UGACGGUAGGAGGUCUAGGAGUUAGCAGCUGCUACCAUAUAUUUUAAAAGCCUCCGAUUGAUUUGACACGGGAUUUUAAGUGUUUUUACGAUUCUAGUGACAUAUUAUCAAGAUUUCUACACUCAACGGCUCGGAUUGAAGUGAUUCAUACGGGAUUUCACGAAUGCUUUUAAGGUGGUGACAAUAACAAAAUUGUGUUGGCGUUUCCACGUCUCCAAUUCAUCUUACUCCUGGACUAAACCACGAAAGUGAACCAUAGAAGCAGGGCUACGUUAUCAAACAGCUGAAUCCCGCCGCCCCUGAGAGGAGACGGUCGCUGUCUGUGUGUGUUGCCUACCGGAGGGAACAAUGGGUCUGCUUUCCCUCCUAAGGAAGCUUAAGUCUGCACCAGACCAGGAGUUGCGUCUUCUUCUGCUUGGUCUGGACAAUGCAGGGAAAACAACAUUGCUUAAGAAAUUAGCUUCAGAGGACAUAACUCAAACAACACCUACUCAGGGAUUCAACAUCAAGUCUGUCCAGUCAGAUGGGUUCAAGCUGAAUGUAUGGGAUAUUGGUGGUCAGCGGAAAAUUCGUCCCUAUUGGAGGAAUUAUUUUGAGAAUACUGAUGUCUUGAUCUAUGUCAUUGACAGUGGCGACCGAAAGCGUUUUGAGGAAACAGGCCAAGAGCUUGGAGAAAUCCUUAGUGAAGAAAAGUUAGCUGGUGUCCCUGUCUUGAUAUUUGCAAAUAAGCAAGAUCUCUUCAAUGCUGCUCCAGCUUCUGAGAUCGCUGAAGGCCUCCAGCUGCAUACCAUCCGAGACCGUACCUGGCAGAUUCAAGCCUGCUCAGCCACUUCUGGUGAGGGAGUCAAGGAUGGACUUGACUGGGUUUGUAAAAAUUUGAAGAAAAAGUAAGCAUCUAGUCAAUAGGAUGUUCACUGUACUAUAUUCCGUCCAAUGGUUGUUUGUGGCUUGAGGCAACAUCAGGAUCAAAGAUAGUGCAAGUCUUGACCAAAUCAGAAAACAUUCUAGUCACUUCUUAGUCUUAUCUUAUAAGCUUUUAUACUUACUGUCAUUUAUGAUUUUGAAUAGCAACAUUUUAUUUGUUAA